UGUAUAACAUUAGUAACUGCCAAGAGAUUUAGAGAGCAUUUUAACAUACAGAAAAGGAAAGAAAGAAAAAAAACGAAUUGCACAGUUGUAAUACUACUUGUUGUUGUUGUGGUGUUUGUGUUAUUAUUAUCAAAAAUAUAAAAAAUUAAGAAAUAAUAAAAUAUUAAUAAUUUGAUUUAGUUAUAAAAAUCUCUUUUAAUACAAUCUUCUAAAAUAGGAAAAAUCACAAAAGAAAAGGAAUUGAGAGAAAGAAAGUUUAGUUGAAAAAAUUUUUAGAACUACAAUAAAACGUAACAAAUGUUAAAGGCCUUCAACGUUAGUAAAAAGUAAAAAAUUUAAAAAAAAACAAAAAAAAUGAAACGAAGGACGUCAGUUGUACAGCUGAAAAUGUAAGUGUGUGUGUGUGUUUACAAAAAGUCGAUUUUUUUGACUAAACUUAAGUAUGUAUGUGUAAGAUAACGAAAGUUUAAUAAACGUACUUUGGAAAUAAUUUAACAACACCAAAAAUAGAAAAAGAAAAUAAUGUAAUAAUAAUAAUAAAUUGAACUAAUACUAUUUCUUAAAAAUCAACAAAUCUUUGCUAGUAUUUAGUAUCAUUCAACAAAAAUCUUUACAAUUUGUGAACAACACAGAAAGUCGCUACAAACAAAACAAAAAUAUAAAAAAUAAAACGUCUCAUUAUCGAAUUAAAUAUAAAAUCAAAGUUAUAACUAUAUCUGGUCUUCAAAUGUGUUAAAAAUAUCAAAACAAAUGAUUCCGGAAUUAUAAAGAAGAAAAUAUAAACUUUAGAAUAAAAAAUAUGUAUUAGCACUAAAUGUAACAACCGUAACAAAGUGAUACAGAAUGAUCAAAUGAUGUUAUGGCAUACAUAGAUUAACACUAAACAAAAUCAAUUUUGCCUUUUUCGAGCCGAUAAAUUUAACAAACAUAAUUUAAAAUAACAAAAAUCAAAAAAUAAAUAUAUUAACACCAAUACCAAUAAAAACAACAUGCUAAUUAAUAACAAUACAGCAUAUUUGAAAUAUGACGUCUUACACUCAAAACGAUUAUUAUUUUACUGAAAUCGAUGCCUUAUCCUGCAAUAACCGACCAAUUAGCAGCACCUUACGCAAUAAAGGUACGUAUAAUGCGUAUGAAAGUCAAACAGAAGAUGAAACAACUAGUUAUGAUAUAUAUGGCAACCAAGAGUACAACGACGGAAGUAGCUGUGAUAGCUACAACCAUCAACAAAGAUCUACGUCUACGAUGUCAAAUGCCGACAACUUAAUGUACCAUCAUGAUGCCUGCAGUGGCGAUAGUUAUGAUAUUUAUUCGACGCUUGAUUAUGGUGAUUAUGACAAUCUUAGAGGAGAGUGUAUCUAUGGAACGACGUCAGAAGGAGAAGAUGGAAAUUCCCGACCAUUUACGGCUCUUGGAGAUAGUAAUAAUAAAAUGUUGCCACAAGUACCGCCAGUGCAGUAUAGUCAUAGUAUGUGGGAUGGUAUGUACAGUAGUGGCCAGCACAGGCAAAGUAAUGUCAGUCUACCGUCAACGCCAACAUUCCGUUAUAACGGUGGAAGUGUUGGCGGUAGAGGAGUGGGCUCUAAUAAUGGGGAUUGGGACAGAGGCUUCAUUGUGGAUGGCGUGAAAGCUCAGUUGAAUGGUCAACGACAUUGUGAUGAUGGUGGAUGUGGCUCGGGCUUUCACGGACAUAGACCACCGGAACGCAUAUUACCUUUGCCCCAGUCUCAGCAGCCUCAAACAUAUACUAAGAAAUAUUUAAAGCAACCAUUUUUUGAAGAUAAUUUCGACAACAUGGCAACAACUACAUCAUCAAUGUCAGCAUAUAGAAAUCAAAUAAAUCUAGAUUACAAAAAGGAUAUUUCUGUACAACACACUAUUACACGAAAACUUCCGCCUUACAAUCUCUAUUAUGAUAAUGGCAGUUUAAUCGAACCAUCACAGAAUAGCCGUGAAACAGAUUAUAAUAACUCCUACAACACCUAUGAUUCUCCACGCUACUCAAUAGAGCCACGCCCACAUACCGCCAUGCAAUCAAGAGAUGACUAUAACGAUUUCGGUUUGAAUUCAAUGGACAAUAUGUCAACGUAUAGCGACACUGUUGUACCAACAGCAAACACUUAUGCCAACCAACAAAAACUACAAGAUUUGCAAAAAUGCCGUUACUCCAUCAUUAUGGCCAUGACAACAGCAUCUGUCAUUGCUAGCGGCGAAACCCGUAUACCACAACAUUUGCUAAAGAAAACAAUAAAGCCAACUGCAAGCCACGUAACGGAUACAACAACAAGUGGAGCAUUAAAAGGGGGGACUGGUGCUGGCCUGAGAUCAUCGUCGGUCUCAUAUAUGUAUGACGAUAGUAAUAGUGGUUUUGGGGGAAUAGGCAGCAACAACAAAAAAAGUAGUUUUAGUGGGAGUAAUAAUUUAACGACAUGUGCCUAUACAAACAGCUCUGCUGCUCUUCCCCCUGUUACGUUAACGACAGCAGCUUCAUCGUCAAUGCUGUUGUUGUCGUCAGCCUCACCAAUUGUAGCUGAUAGUGCAAACAGCGUCAUUAAAAAUAACACUGCAUCUACUACAGAAACAGCAUCGUCAGGUUUGUCGAUGCUAAAAAACUUGACUUCUAGAAAAUUGCCAAAACAUCACACUGGUCGUGGUCACGAUGUGCCCACCAACAAACAAUUGCCGCAAUCACCUCAGUACCCGUUAAGUCAUGACGUAACGGUCAAAACACUACCAGUAACCCCACAAACAACAUCGUCGCUGAAAGCGAACGAUACAUUAGAUAACAUUAAUUUACCAUCGUCCAUUUUAUCAGCAACAUUAAUAACAUCAACCUCAUCAACAUCUAAGUAUUCGUUACCAUACCAAGGUACAUCUUUAGCAUCAAGCUCACUUUUAGCAACAACAACAAAAACUACAGAUAUAGCAGCGACAUCGUCAUCAUCAUCCAAAAAUGUAGUAACAACAGCAGCAACAACAACAACAGGCAAUUUGCUGCCUAACAAUAAUAACAAUACCCCAGAUUUAAAAAAUUCUGACAACGUGAAUAAUUAUAAAAAUAAUAACUUUUUCAAUAAUAAUGUCCGAACUACUGACGACAAAUAUUCCACAGAAUCAUUUCAAACGAAAUCAGAAACAUCAGUAAACGGUGAAGAAAACCCCGUAUAUCAUUUGUCAACUACGCCGUCCAGAUUAAACUGUCUAUCAGCAAUAAAUGACUCAUCUGCGUCCCCACAAUUCAAAAUUGGAACGGCAUUCGAUUCAUUAAUUUCCUCAUCAUCACGAAUAACAACAACAAGUGAUACAACCACAACAACAAUAUCAACAACUGAACUUGACAAUGAUUAUAAGACGACUUUUACCGACUACACCGACUAUUUAAAAACUUAUACAUUGCCAACAUUUUCCUCCUCCAGCAACAGUAGCAGCAAUAACACAAAUCUCCAAUUUACCCUUAACCAAAAUAAUAGCAUUAGUAGUAGCAGUUAUUUACCAUAUCCUAGUCUAGAUAUUAAUACCGAUUACUUAACACAACUCACGUCAUCUAUAACCACAUUAUCCACAACUCUCACUUCAUCACCGGUAACGUCUACUACAAUACCAGUCACAACGUCAGUACCAACAUCAACAAUAUUAGCAAUAAAUAACAGGGGACUUAAUAACAUAAUAACAGCUUUAAAUUUAAGUGAUAAUAAUAUAAGACGUAAAAGUAGUAUUAGUUCGCCCGUAUCAAAAAUUUCAAGUCCCAGUGGCGGUGUUGUUCCAAUUACCUCAAUAUCAAGCUGUACAGCAACAACAACAUUGUCAUCAAACGUUCAAACAUCUAUAGCGUCCCCAUCAUCAAACACCUUAACAACAUAUUUAGAUCAAACAUCAAUGAGCACAUCCACCAUACUACAACACGAUCCUAACCACGAGGUUGGAAAAGAAAAGAUGGAAACUAGUUUAGACACAAAACAAGUUACAAAUACCAAUGAGUCAGCUUCAUUAAUGUGCAUAGACCAAUACGAUAAUUAUUUAAAAGACUAUAAGCUCGAUUUUAUAUCGACCUCCACAAUUAUAACAGCAACAACAUCAUCACCUACAACACAUACUUCAGCGACGACAACAACCUCUUCUGCAUCCGCAUCCUCUUCAACGUUGAAUAAUUCAUGGCCGACAAACACAAUGUCGUUGUAUGCAAUAGCAACCACGACCACAACAAUAAAAUCAAAGGACAAUACUAGUUGUUAUACGAUAGACAACAAUAAAGGAUCUACAGAUACUGUAUUGUCAACAUUUACACCAAAUUGUUUGUUUACAACAACUGAAACUAAAGCGCCUAAUGCUGAAUUAACACCAACGGCAGCCACAACUACAUCCGCAUUAACAUCAACAAAACACUCGGUGACAACAACUGCUGAGGUUGACACUAUAAAGUCAACCUUAUUAUAUGCAGACUACUUAAAACACUAUAAUAAUACAGUGACAGCGUCUUCGUCCACAUCAUUCGUAUCAGAAAUAACAGAUAAAACAUCUCAAGAGCUACCUGCUUAUAUAUUGGACUUUCUUACGACCUCAUCAACUAGUGAUUAUGAUAGUCAAAACUAUUUAAAUUUAUAUAAAUUUAAAGAAGAGGACAUGAUAACAAACUUAACCUCAGAUUUAACGUCUUUAAAGGUCACCCCCACCACAACCAAUAAUAACGAUAUUACAAUAAACAGCCAGAGUUGUAUUAAGGAUGCCCCCUUAACAACUGUUAAGGAUUUAGCUGUAACAUCUACCAUAUCGACUACAUCAGCGUUAAUUCCAGCGGUCACAACUCACACAACAUCUGACUUGAUUGUAACAUCUUCACCGUCAGUAUUCACACUAAAUGAAGCAUCUACAAAAAACCAACUGACUGCCACCACUGCCUUGACGACUAUGGUUGAUUUUGACGAUAAUUUUUAUAACAGUUUCAGUGUGAAUCUGAAUUCAUUGAUGGGCGCCGAUGCUGUAAUUAGUACUAACGCAGUGACAGCAGUAACAUCAGAAGCAGCUUCUGAAAACUUAAAACCCUCAUUUAUAUCUGAUACAAAAUCAUCCAAUGAUACAUUCACCGCGCCAGUAUAUUUACAUUCAGACACUACAAGCAAAUCUCUGUUUAACAUUAGUACCUUAGUUGAGAGUAGCAGUGAACCUGGUGAUGCUACAAGUGAUUUUUAUACUACAACAUCAACAUUGGCAACAACAGCUACAGGAAUAUCAACAAUGCAAUCAUCUUCAGUACCAUCAUCGACAACCUCUCAAAAAUCAACAACGGCUGGCAUUAAAGCGGCCUCAAUGUUGGGUGGACUUUCGCAGAGUCUGAAGGGAGGAUUGGAUGGUGUCCUGGCCGCUGCAACCAGCAAUGAACCACAACAACAGAAAAAAGGUUUCGGUUUUAGUUUAGCCUCAAAGCUUGUACCCAACGUUGGUGGCUUAUUAGGUUCUGCCACGAAAUCCGCUACCACUCAACCAACAAAAACUGUUGAGCCCACAACAACUCAAAGUAUCCAAACAACCGAGUCAUUCCAAAAGCAAAUCGAUUACAACUAUGAUUCAACUUUGGUUACUACAGCUGCUAUAACUAACAGCAAUUUUGUGUCAUCUUCCGUAAAUGGGGAACCAUAUUAUGAAGAUGUUCCAAUAAGUACAAAUACUAGCAAAGAUAUGGACUUUGUGUUGUCAUCGCAUACGACAGAUAUAUAUGGCAACGGAGAACAGCAACAUGGUGGCCUUUACUAUAAUAGUAGUCAAACAACGUUUUAUCAUAUGACAAGUAGCCUUGAUUAUGCACAGGACGAAACGGCAAAUCAUACAGAACAAAUGAUGUUUUACGAUGACGCUGCCACUGGAAAUAUGCACGAUAUAAAUAAAGAGUAUUUUGAUGAUGAAAGCCAGGCAAUUGAUGUGUAUGGCGGAUUUAGUGAGUAUGAACAUGUCACAACUACAGGACAUUAUAUUGAUACCUCCAAAGCGUAUUCCACUGUAAGUGACACAGUACCCAGUGCCGUUUCAACGUGUACACCAAUGGCAUCAACAACUAUGCAAUCGAAUAAUUCGACGACAGUCACAGCAGCUAAGAAAGCCACAAGUUCUAUAUUGUCCUCUCUAACUAAUGUAGCUUCUCAGAUUUCGCAACAAACUUCUACAGUACCUGCUACUACCACAGCUGCAGCAUCGACAUGUAGUAGUACAAAACCAUCAAGUGGCGGUAGCAUGUUUGGUUCCUUCCUUGGCUUUCCAAUAACGGCCUUUAGAAAAGUUCUUAAUUAA